AUGGACCCUCGACUUUCCACGCCGAGUUUCCAUGAUAUCAGACAGAACGACCGCCACUUCGUUCCUGCCCACACUAUGCCCGAGCUGUCCUUUGCUUCCCACGGCCCGUUACCAAUCCCAUCCCGCUCCACCAUGACCAAUGCUCCUCCCCCACUGCCCCCGCCGCCGAGAAUCCACGAUCUAGAGAAUGGCUACGACGCUGGCUGGCACCACGCGAACUCGGGCGACUCGGCCACUAUUCUCCCUCCGAUAAACCCCAAUUCGAGCUUGUUUGGCAGCCGCCGUUCGGAGGCUGUCCCGCAGAGUGAUCCCAUGGCGUUGGAUGAUUUGGAAGGACGGCAGAGUGGAGUGCCGGGAUCGCGCAGUCCGGAGACUCAGAUUAAAAUCGAGCCGCCGCCCCUAGCCGACGAGGGAUUCCCGAAUUCCAUGUCUGUCAACCCGGCAGGUCCAAUGUUGACGAGUGACCGCAAUUUCUCGCUACAAAGCGUCAAAGAGUCUUCGAAUGCAUACGACCAACAUCUGCUGUCGAAGAUCGGGAAACCGCUGUCCCCGCGGGGAUCUGUUAGUAUGGGGACCGACAACCGAGGUUCGAUUUCCGCCCUCACGGUGCCAUCCCGGGGUAGCAGCAAUCUCCCCUCGCCGGGGCCAUCUGAAGGCUCAACGCUCGAUGUGAAAUGGUACAGCAGUCCGCAGUCAGGCGGAGUGUCUCCGAGAAGCAAAAUCGGCUGGAGAGACUCUGCAGAUGGGCGGAGUCCGAGUGUGGAGAGCAUUGCGCCCUCGGCGGCAUUGGACUUUGAUCACCCAGGUUAUGUGCGGGAUAUGGGCCGGCGUCGAUAUCGCAGAACGACUCCCCAGCGAGAGGACAGCAUCAGCCUGCCGAGCCGAUCCAAUCGGGGCAGCUACGACCAGGGCGUCUUUUCAGAUAUUGAGGGCGAGUUCUCUACCGAUGAGCCCGCUCCGCCGCGACAGUUCAUUCUUCGAGAACCCACUCCACCAUACCUGGAUUCCUCUAAACAGGGCAUGAAGCGACGAGCAUCGUCUCCCCCGCGGGAGCCGAUGGGCGACGAUCGACAUACGCUGCAUGUGGCCACGAGCAAUGGGGACCUGUCGCAGAGACGGACAAGCGGGCAGCCAUUCAGCAAUUCUCUGUCGGUCGCUAACACCUAUGCGCCGAGCCAGCGAACACUGUCUGCUACCUCGUCUUUGAGCAUCCGAACAUCCGGCUCAUACUCAUCUACGCUUUCCAUUGGAGGCAGUAGCAUGACUAGCCUCUCGCCAUAUGAUCGACCUUCUCCUGGGGGCCUUUCGCCCAGCUCCGAUCUCGAUACCUUCCACGAAAAAUCUAUCCUCAACCCCAGCUCACCCGCCGCUCUCGUCCAGCCAAUCACUGUCAGAAACCCCCAAGGCUCCAACUCUCUAGAACCGCCCACGACGGAUGCCACAGGCAAGGUAUCCAUGCCGGCAGCCCUGGACGUUCCCAAACCCGCACCGAAGAUAGGCGGGCUCUUCAUCUGCGACUGCUGCCCCAAGAAACCCAAGAAAUUCGACAAUCCCGAUGACCUCCGUUCACACGAAAUGGAGAAGCAAUAUUCAUGUCAAUACUGCAACAACCGCUUUAAGAACAAAAACGAAGCCGAGCGCCAUCAAAACUCCCUCCACCUCCGCCGCCACUCCUGGUCCUGCGCGGCGCUGCCCGGAUUCCAGGCGGCAUUCCACGCCUCGGGGGCCGCAAACUGCCAAACGAACGCAGGGCCCUCGCACGACACGUGCGGGUACUGUGGCGAGGAAUUCGCCAAUUUCCCGCAGCCCGACUGGGAUCGUCGCUUCGAGCAUCUUACCACCGUGCACAAGUUCGGCGAGUGCAACAACGCCAAGAAGUUCUUCCGCGCCGAUCAUUUCCGGCAGCAUCUUAAGCACAGCCAUGCGGGAACUAGUGGCAAGUGGACGAAUAUCUUGGAGAAUGCUUGUAUGAAGGAAGAACAGCCUCCCGAGCCUCGCGAUAAGUCUGCGUCUGCGUCCAUGGUGGCGUCGAAUUCUAUUGGCCAGGUUCUUGAUGAACAAUGA